AACCCCUUUCAUCUCUCUGAAGUGCUGGGCCCUAAAGGCCUUUUUUGAUCAAGAAACUAAUGCUGAUGGGGGAGCCGGCAGAAUGCUCUGUAGCAAAAUCCUCACAUGAAAUUUGGGCUAAACUUGUUCCAUCAGACUCAAGAUAUUCAGAUGUAGAGAUAAGGUCUGAUGAGAAAAUAAUAUGUUCUGAGAUGACGUCUUCUGGUGAUAAACAAAAUUGGUGCAAAAUAAUAAGGAACUCUGAUUUAUGUUCUGCCACAGUUAAAAACAAUAGUCAAAAUACUAUACUAGUUGAUGGGGCUGAGGUUUGCAAUGAAGACUCCAUUCUUAUCAAGGAUGGAAGUGAAAUUAUUUCAGGUCCUCAUAGAGAAGGGUUUGUCAGCUAUAAAUUUAAUAUCGUGUCUAGCGCAGAAACCAGCCAAAGGCAGCUAAAGAUACAUGUGGAUGUUGACAAUGUAAAAUGCAGCAUCUGCUUAAACGUAUGGCAUGAUGUAGUCACUGUUGCUCCAUGCCUACAUAAUUUUUGCAACGGUUGCUUCUCAGAGUGGUUAAGAAGGUCACAAGAAAAACAUUCAACUGUACUCUGUCCUCACUGUAGAGCAGUCGUACAAUUUGUUGGCAAAAACCAUUUUCUACGAAACAUUGCAGAGGAUAUACUAAGAGCUGAUUCUUCCCUCAGACGCUCAGAUGAAGAAGUUGCACUGUUAGAUUCGUAUUCAUCAAUACGAUCAAAUCUUGUCAUUGGACCUCGAAAUAAACGUCGUCGAAAGAGGGCUUACUCACCAUUGGAUGAUCAAAGUGAUGACACAAACCUUCAAUGCCCACAGUGUGUCGCUGAAGUUGGUGAGUUUCAAUGCAACCCAAAUACUGUUCAUAUUCAAUGUCAAGCUUGUGGAGGAAUGAUGCCUUCCCGUAAUGGUUUUGGCGUUGCUCAAUAUUGUUCAGGGUGUGACAGAGCAUUUUGUGGAGCAUACUGGCUUGCUUUAGGGAUAACCAGGAGUGACUCUUACCCUGUUUGCAGCCAGGAUACUUUAAAACCUAUUAUAGAACAUAAUAUCUCAAGAAUCCCUGUUGCAGCACAUGAAAAGAAUUUACAUGAACAGAAUAUUACAGAGAGUUGUAUUGGACAAAUGGGGAGGACAUUGCAGGAUGUUAUUGCUGAGUGGAUAGCGAAGCUGAACAACAGAGAAAUUGAUAGAACGAUGUUGCCACUGAAUCACUCUGAGAUGAUAAAUUCAAGGACACUUGUAUGCCGUGAGUGUUAUGAGAAGUUGGUUUCGUUUCUUUUGUACUGGUUUCGAAUUUCACUGCCGAAACAUUUUCUGCCAGCAGAAGCAGCAAGGAGGGAAGAUUGCUGGUAUGGAUAUGCAUGUCGGACUCAGCACCGCAGUGAAGAGCAUGCUCGCAAACGAAAUCAUGUGUGUCGACCCACUAAAGGUUCUCAUGCCUAAAUGUAAAUAUUUUUCUUCGUUAGAUUUCUGACUUUAUCACGUUAUGCCAGCCUGACUUUUGGCUCCUAAAAGCUCAUUUAGGUCCUUUGCUCGUGUUUAGAUUUGACGUUUGUAACUUGCUUUUUGCUCAAAAGUCAUUUAAAAUUGAAACAAUUUUUUUUCUUCUAA